AUGGCACCGUCGACAAACCGCCUUACGAAAGCUCUACUGGCUUCGCAAGUCGUAAGAGAUGCUCUUGCUGUGAGCCCUGAAUACAACUUUACUCUACAUCUCCCCAGCCACCGGCCAGAAUGGGCCGAGAAACUAUCACCUCAACUCGCUGCAUUCAGCAUCGAGAUGGACCGAUGGCCAGACUGGGCUGGUCAGGAAGUUGGCAAACCAAAUGAAUACUUUAACCAACUACUCCGUAACCUGGGAGAGCGAACAGGGCAUAUGACUUUCCUUAGAGUUGGAGCGAACUCUGAAGAUAGAGCUACCAUCGACCUCAGUCUGCAGGUUAUGAACAAGACUUUUCCGGCACCUAAUAAGGAAGUUCCCAACCCAGAGGCAGACCACAUCUUUAUAGGCCGCGACUUUUACGCUUUGUCAGGCAACCUUCCGCCGGGAACUUCCUUCAUGUGGGGAGUCAAUCUCAAACCCUUGAACAAAACUGAGACGGUCGCUCAAGCCCGCCUCUUGGCGGAUAGCUUCCAAGGAAGUCGCGUGAAUUUGACAAAACAUGUCCAGCUUGUUGAAGUCGAAAUUGGAAACGAACCUGACUUUUAUGGACCAACACGAAAUGGACGUCCUGGCUCGUACGGACCCGAAUGGAAUGUCUUCAAUUAUACUGACACCUGGACAGAGUUUGCCAAGGCUGUCAACAGAGAGUUAACAUUCGAUGGCGCCAAAUCUGACAAUCCCAGAUUAUCGCCUGGUGCUUUCACAGGCUUCAAUUCCCCGGAAUGGAUUCCGCAAUGGCCACUACAGGACGGACUCCUCCAAGACCCCGAAAUCAGGAACAAGACCGCCCAAUUCACGGAACAUGCUUAUUCUGGAAGCUUCAGUGCUCAUUUUAUUCCUCAUCCUGGCGAUCUCAUGCAUAAGCAGCAUGUCCGGAACAACCUAACUUUCAGAACGGCUGGGAUUCGUUCUGUUCGGUCUGUUGGCCUAGAUUACGUUCUGGCGGAAACAAACUCAUAUGCCAACCACGGCAUACCAGGUCUUAGUAACACCGUCGAAAGCGCACUCUGGGCGACGGAUUGGCUGCUUCUCGGAGCUUCCACCGGAAUUCAAAGGCUUCACUUUCAUCACGGCGUCGGGUUCAGAUACAACACGAUUCAGCCCACAGAUGAGUCUGACGAUGGUCUUAAUAUUACUCAUCCUCAUAUCUUGCCAUCAUACCACGCCUUCUUGAUUGUCAACGAAGCCAUUGGAAAAUCUGGUAACGCAUAUGUUGCAGAACUUGCAACUACAAACAUCACCCUCACGGCGUACGGGAUAUGGGAAAAUGACGAAUUGGCACGAUUGGUCAUACUGAAUACACAGGUGCACCUUGGCGGGCCACAGAAGCCAAGCAUCAACGUCAAUAUCAGUGGUAUACUGGCAGAUCAGCCCGCUAGCGUGAAGUUCUUACUGUCGGAAAGUACUACUUCCCACACCGGAGUGUAA